AUGUGGAAACAAAGACGCGAAUUGCUAUUCACCGGGCCGAUGGCUAAGAUUGACGAGGAAAUCAAAUGUAAACAUUUAUUAUACUGGUCUGGAGAGCAGGGUAUCGAAGUGUUUAAUAGCUGGGAUCUGUCUGCAGACGACCAAAAACAGCUUGACAACUACUGGGAAAGAAUUGAGCACUCCGUGAAACCACACUCAAGGCCCUAAUCCUCUGGUUUGUUUUUCUGCCGAUUUCUUUCUUUGCACAGAAGCAAUUCUUUUCAAUUUUGAAUAAUACUCUUCUUCAAUCUUAAUACUUCGGCGCGCCUUAUUGCAUUAAAGCUGACACCGUGUAACGCACCUUCUGGAAGUGCGUCACAUCUAGCAACAAGCGCUUUGGUUAGGGGCAUUAAGAAACCGCAAGGACGAACCCUUUAACUUUAAGUGGCCCAAAGAAGCGCUUCGAGUCCUUGGAAACUAUAUUUCAUACGAUGAGAAACAAAACGAGGAAUUUAAUUUUAUAGGAAAAAUGCAAAAACUUGACAUCAUUCUUGGCAUAUGGAACUCUAGGAACCUCACUCUUUUAGGUAGGUGUCUUAUAACGAAAUCUCUUGGCAUCUUACAGCUAGUUCACCCACUUUCAACACUCGAUUUCCCAACACAAUUGGUUCAAGCUGUUAAUUCAAGCAUCUUUAAAUUUAUCUGGAAAAAUCGAAGAGACAAAAUCAAACGCAAAAUUAUGGUCCAAGACUAUAACAAAGGUGGUCUACGUGCUCCAAGCAUAGAGACUAUGGCCAAAUCACUUAAACUGGCAUGGAUAUCGAGGUUCUUACAAAGUAUACUUACGCAUGACGGCGAAUCAUGGAAGGUCAUUCCCAACCACUUUCUCGAUAAAUACGGUGGCUUGAACUUCCUGCUACGUUGUAAUUAUGAUAAGAAUUUUCUUGAUAGGAUGUGUCUCCCUUACUUCUAUAAGUUGAUAUUACUACAUUUCAUAGAACUUAAAAUUUCUUAUAAUACGCAAUUUUGCCAGUUUGUGUCAUUCAACAAACAAUUUGGUUGAUUAAAAAUGUCUUUCUUGUUCAAGAUCUCUUAGGAGAUGAUAGUAAGAUAUUUUCUUACUCGGAAUUUUUUUAGGACAUUUCGACCGAACGGUAAUUUCUUACAAUACAUGCAAGUUGUUUCUGCGAUUCCUAAGGAUCUGAUCGAUGACGCGCGGAGAUACCACAUUGAUAAAACUAGUAUUUUGUCCGAAAGCUCCUUCCAGCUCUCAGCGGACCCUUCAUUAGAUUUACUUAAAAUGAAAAAUAGAAAAUACUACUGGCUUUUGAUUAGUAAUAAACGCUAACAUGAAAUGGGAAAGAGACCUCCUACCAGAAAUAAUACUUGCAAGGCAUUAUUUCUCCCGUGUGAAAAAUAUUUGCAGAGAUAACAAACUUUAAACUCUUACGCAGAAUUGUCGUCACAAAAAGAGAACUGUUUACGUAUGGUAUUGCAGAAAAUGCGCUUUGUCCUUACUGCAGACAAAAUGAUUCAAUAAUCCAUACUUUUGGUGACUGCCACUGGACCAAGUGGUUUUUUGCAGAAGCAAUCAAACGGUUCAACGUCGAAAAUGCCGCCUCCUUUGCGCCAUCCUCAAGUGAAUUAAUCUUUGGUCUUAAUAAUGAUAGAAAGAAUCAAAGCUCAUCGGCAAUUGUCAAAAAGCUCGAUUUUACUCUUUUGUUUGCUAAAUAUUACUUGUACAUAAAUAAGUUACAGUGGAACCCGGUUAAUACGACCACAUUCGGGACAUGGAUUUCUGUUGUUAAUAAACGCUCCGAGCAAGAACAAACCAGUGCAAAAGUUCAUUGCAAAAUACGUAUUCGACUGCUAUGAGAAAAGAAGAUCAUUAGUUAUUUAGGUUAACAUUGAUUAUAGUUCCACUAGUGUGCAAUUUGUGUUAUGAUUUUAAAGUAUUUGGAUAAAGUCGAUAUACAUAGGACUGUAUAAGACUCCAAAUAAAAAAUUGUCUUGUCUUGUCUUGUCUUGGAAAUUUGGUCGUAUUUAACGGGGUGAUCGUAUUAACGGGGCAGGGUCAAAUUAUGGUGCAAAAUGCUUUUAAACUACAUUCUACUCCAUGUAUACCUUUAAUCCGUUAUAAAUCAACCUUUUUGCAGUUAAUUAACAACCUUACAACCGCAAUUCAAUGCAACUGAACAAUGUAACAGUAAACGAAACCGAGUAAUGAGAAAAAACACUGAGUUCUUUCAGUUCCUUGUUAUGAAAGGAAAGGGCUUGUGAUUUGUCUCGAAGAGCCGUUUUCUAUAUUGUAGCUUACAACACUUUCACAAUUAUUACAAAGUUCAAAGUUCUGGGAGAAAAGAAAAGGAAAUGAACUUGAAGAGAAAAGCCACAGUGGAAGGCAGCAGAAACAAGAAGGCAAAAUAACUCUGAGAGCCUCGAAAGUAAGUGAAGUCUUUCAGAUCUUUUGUAUUAUUUAUUCAUGCAUCCUUUUUACUGCACACAGCAAUCUACCGGAUGUCAUGCUAACCACUAACACCUUUGCCUAAAAACAUUCAAUAAAAUAUUUAACCUCGUCCCCAGCGCUUUUCCCUUAAAAAAUGGGUGGGGAGAAGCCCUGGGAACGAGGUUGUAAAAUAUUAGUAAUGGGUUAUUGUUUGUCAGAUUCAGUCUGUUUUCAUUCAGCAGCCCAACCAAGCAUUUUGACUGGUCGUAUUAACGGGGUAAUUUUAUACAGAAAAUAACGACUCAGGACUCCCAAAGGUGGUCGUUGGUCCCAAUAACGGGGUGAUCGGAUUAAUGGGGUUUUCAGAUAAGAAAAUGAGUGGGCUUUUGUUCGGGCCACAAAAAAGUGGUCACAAUAACGGGGUGGUCGUAUGGGGGGGUUCCACUGUAGCUCCUAAAGAUUUAUCUUUGGAUGAAUUUAAGGCUAAAAUCAGUUGGAGGUACGAUUUCGAAAAACCCCCUCCUUCAAUUAGUUAGUAAGAAUCCAACUUACCGGAAUAAUCUGUUAAUUAACAGGUCUUACGUUAUUGUGUGAAUUAUUACAAGUGCUGCAUUAUUCUUUCUCGUCUUUAUGUAAUUUUGAUCCAAUCUGAAAUAUCGUCAUAUACUUUUUUUUAGUUUUAAAAUUUUGUAAAUGUAACAUGUUUUGUAAAUAAACGACUAUUAACUUAAAAAAAAAAAAAAAAAUUCGACUACAUCUGCUGCUGUCAUUAACCAUCAAAGAAAAUGGGAUACCAGAAACCUUAAUAUCUGUCAAUGGCCCCUAGUACAGUAGUCAAGAUUUUGCAGCUUUUUGCAAGCACUGGGGCACUGACCAUGUGACGAGCUCACCACUGUACCCACAAAGCAACGGCUUCGUAGAGCGGUCAGUCCAGACAGUGAAGGACCUUCUGCGAAAAGCAGAAGCCUCGGGGCAAGAUCCAUGCUUAGCACUGCUGACAUACCGGACCACACCUGUAGACAGCAACUUACCGUCACCUUCUCAGCUGCUGAACCGCAGAGCUUAUCGCACACAACUGCCGAGCAGCGGCCACCUCCAACGUUCACAAGCCUUUGAUAGCCACAGUGAGCAACUACAAAAUCGACAGGACACCCAGAGACACCAGUACGACCGCCAAUCGACACAUGAACUUCGAAGACUAAAUUUAAGUUUAAGUUACUAAGUUUUUGCACUGAUUGAUGAUGCUAUAAUUACUUGUGAAUUGAGCGAAAUUUCUCCCACCUCAGAGGAUGGACUUUCUGGUAUCUUGAAACAAAUUGCAGCCAAAUCGUGUUCUAUUGAUCCUGUCCCUGCUUCUCUUUUACGUUAUUGUAUCGAUGAUUUACUACCUAUUAUUAAAAGAGUCGCAAACCUCUCAUUCAAUUCAACUUCAAUGCCAAGUUCCAUGAAGAAUGCAGUGUUGUCCCCUCUGCUGAAAAAACCGUCCCUAGACUUUAAAAUUUUUUCUAACUUUCGAACUGUAUCUAACCUGAAGUUUUUGUUUAAGGUUAUUGAAAAAGAUGCAGCCAUGCGUCUGACGGAUUAUUUGUGUGAUAUUGAUCUGAAUGAAAGCCUCCAGUAUGCUUAUAAAAAACACCACAGUUGUGAGACAGCGCUUCUACGUGUUCAAAAUGAUACGCUGAAAUCAAUCGAUAAUAAACAAUGCGUCGUUCUCUUGCUGCUGGACCUAUCAGCAGCCUUCGACACCAAUCAUAAGAUCUUGUUACACAGACUGCGAUCCAGAUUUGGUACAAAAGAAAAAGCGCUUACGUGGAUUCAGUCUUAUCUCACGGAUCGUUCCCAGUCAGUUCAGAUUGAUGGAUUUACUUCUUCAGUUCGUCCCCUAAGAUUUGGUAUACCCCAGGGGUCCGUGUUAGGUCCGUUGUUAUACCGUAUUUAUUCGAAUAAGCACCCAUCCUGAAGGCAAAAAAAUUUGAUAAGCGCCCAUCCUUGAAUAAGCGCCCACCCCCACCCCACCUCCCUCCCCCUCAAACUCAAACUCAAAUAAGCGGCUAUCCCCUUUUUGGUCCCUUCCACCAAAAAACCCUUAAAUAAGUACUAAUAAGAGACUUGCCCGAAGACGGAGUUUUCUUCAGGGUAUUUUACAGAAACCUUGCUUUGUUACGUCUUCGCGUUUAUUGUAUGGUUGCAAAAUUAACAUACUACACUUGCUGAAAAUGGUAAAAAUUUAAUAAGCGCCCACUCUCAAGGUCCAUAAGGUUAAUAAGCGCCCAGGGCGGUUAAUCGAAUAAAUACGGUAUCUCUUAUUUCCCGGAUUGAAAGCUGUCUUAUCGAUAUCACUAACUGAAUGACUACUAACAAGCUGAAACUAAAUACUGACAAAACGGAACUCCUCAUUCUCUAUUCUAGGUUCAGACUGCCCCCGCGGCUUCCUUCUAUUAGAACAGGAACUUAUCGUCAAGCCUACAAAUAAGGCGCGUAACGUUGGCGUCAUUUUCGUUAACAUCGUAACGAUGUCUUUUCCUAUCAACAAAAUAGCUAAAGAGGCAUUCUACCACCUUAGAAAUAUAGCUAAGAUUCGUAAGUAUAUCAAUGUUACAACGGCUGAAGUUCUUGUGCAUGCAUUCAUAAAUUCUAAGCUGGAUUUCUGCAACUCGCUUUUAUAUGGUCUUCUCAAGUAUGGGAUUAACAAGCUGCAAAGUGUCCAAAACGCUGCAGCGCGUGUGAUUGCUUGCUUACGUAAGUUUGAUCAUAUUAGCGACACUCUAAAGGAGCCGCACUGACUACCAGUGGAGCAACGAAUAAUCUUUAAGAUUAAUCUUAUAUGUUUAAGAUACUCAACAAUUUAGCUCCUGGUUAUUUGGUAGACCUACUCCAUGUUUAUGAACCUGCCAGGUGCCUUCGUUCAUCUUCAGACGAAAAAGACAUACGGUUUUAAGGGCUUUUUGAGUCAUUGCCCCUAUAUCCUGGAACGAUUUGCCUAUUGAUAUUAGAUCGAUCGAUGAUGUGAAUAGAUUUAAAUCUAAAUUGAAGACUUUUCUUUUUAAGCGAGUUUACGGACUAUCCUAGGUUUUUAUCUUGCUGAUUUUUGUGACUAUGUAAGGAUCAUAUGUAAAUGUUUAUUUUUUAUCCGGACCUUUUUAAAGCAUUGUAAAGCGCUUAGCACUGAAAAGUACAGGUGCUAUAUAAAAUGUUGUUAUUAUUAUUAUUAUUAUUAAAUUAAGGCGAGCACGUAGUCAUGUUCCAGCCACAAAUCAAGACAUGGAUUUCAGCCGAGGUGAAGGAAGAGACCGGUAUACCAAGGUCCUACAUAGUCAAGAAAACUGGCGGGUCUGAGGUAAGACGCAACAGAGUACAGCUGAAGCCUCUACAGAAAACACCAAUAACCUGUGAAGUUGUUAGCAACCAAGAGAGUACACUGCCAGACAGACAUGAGACAAAGCCCCCACCUUCUCCGAUACCAUCAUCAGAACUACCCCAAGCGCCUGCCCAGUCGCUGGUACCUUCCAACCAAAGCAAUGAUAACCUGCCGUGA